CUUAUCCGAGGGGUUAUUAUGGGGAGUAGUAAGAGAGAAGUCAGAGCAAGUAAGUAGAGAGAGAAAGUGUAUUCAGAAAGUAUGCAGCGUUUUUUGACUUGGUUACAAAUGGGGAAAUGGGGUGCUAUUUAUAGUAGCAAUAAAUGUCGGACAGGGACACGUGUCAGGCGUCCAUUGGUCGAGAGGUCACCUCAACUGGGUGGCGCUGGCAGCCGCAUGUGGCUGCAUUUAAUGCGGCUGUUGGAUGGGACGUUGUACAGGGUACGGUGAUCUGUACGCAUGUGGCGCGGAUAUUAUGUCGGGAGAGGUGCCCUCGGUUGCAGAGGACUAGCCGAGGGCUCUUAGUGCCGAGGACCCCUGAGUGCCGAAGGCUCCAGGUGCCGAGGGCUACUGUUUUCUGCCGUUUCUCCCCCAGUUUCUUAGUUUGCUUGAGAAACCCGUUUUGUGAGAAUUUAGAGCCUUCGGCCAGGGGGCCGAAGGCACCCCUGGUGCGUAUUGCGGGCUGCUUGGUACUCUGGGCGCUGUGAUUUGGGCCCGUUGGGUCUUCUGGGCCUGUUGGGCCUUUACUGGAGUAGUAGGAGUCUGUGGGCCGGGUGUUCCCGGGCCAUAUACUCCAUCAGGAGUCCCUCACUCCUUUUGCCGAAAGGUACUUGAGGGAAAAAGGAGUAAUUUGUGCUCGCCCCUUGAUGUUGUCCCAUUGUAAUCUCUGAAGUUGGUGAGGAGUUGUUGCUCUCAUGUCCCUGCCGAAGGCAGUCCCUCAGUUACCCACAUGUCGGGGCUCGAGGGCUUGCUUUGCCGUUUGUUGGAAUUUUUCUCCAUUUUGUUAUUUAGUUAUUUUCCCGAGGGGGUCCUCCAGUCCCCCACUCCUUGAGGCACUUGUAAAGUGGUGAAAAGGAGUAGAGUAGUUGCGCUGCUGUUGUGGGCCGAAGGCUGACGCUUUUCGUUUCAUUUUGGGGGGAUGCCUCGUUAAAAACCUCAUUAGGAAAAACCCUGGGGGAAAAAAUCCUAAUGAGGGAAAAAAAGUGCACCGAAUUCCCCCAACGAUGAAUCGAAAAUGCGAAACCUUGGUCAAAAAUGGGGAAUAAUGGUGAUGCCGAAGGCUCUCCUUGUCCUGAGGGCUCAUGUGUUGAGUAGCCGGAGGCUUGCUGUUGAUGUCCUGGGAGGUGCCGAAGGGGAGCCCCUCAAUCUGGGGAUCGAGGGCGUGAUGGAUGAGGGCAAUAGUUGAUCAUUGCCCGUGCUUGCUGAUUUGUUGGUGAUGAGGAUAUCCGAGGGCUCUCAGUACCUGUGUUCCGCAGGCUAUUUGUCAACGAGGCAUACUCCCCGGGGGCUACCCGGCCCUUACAGUGCUGAGGGGGAAUCCCUGAGGGGUGGCCUGAUAUGAAGCCUUGGGCUUCUGAAAGAGUGAUCCCGAAGGCGACUGUUAUGUACUGUGUGGGCACAACUCGGGGGCGUCUCUAGGUAAGUGUACCCGGAGGCUCUCCUUGAUGAAGUGGAGUGAAGUAAGAAAAUCCGGGGGCUCCCAGAAUAUAGCCGUUGGAAAUAUAGCCGUUGGAAUAUGUAACGUCAGGUUAUAGCCGUUGGGGGGGGGGGUACACGUGGCGCGUGACGGUUAGCUGUCCGUGGGCGGCGUCACCGGUUGGGCGAGAACACGGCGCGUAAUGAUAACGGUCCGUCCGGAGGCCCGGUUUUCGGCCCCAAGCCCGGAUUCCAGCGCCUAUAAAUACCCCAAGCCAAUGCCAUUCCUUCCUCACACAUCCAACAUCCUUAGUGAAGCUCUGCCAAAAUUUCUAGAGAGAGAAACAGCAGCCCUCGGUUGAAUCCUCUAUUCUCAAGGUCAGUUCCCCCUGCCCUUCUCCUUCUAAUUAGCCGUGCCUUGCGCCCUUAGGUUAGGAGAUAGAAUUUUCUAGAAAAACCUUAGUUCUCACGAGCCCUCGAGCUAGAGCCAUAAUGUCGUCCCAGAGUGAUUCUCAAGACAUCUCGGGGGCGCCCUCGAUGGAGGAUGAAGUCCUUUCGGAUGUGGAGUCCUCCAGUGCACAGUCCUCGGCCCAGGAGGACGUUGCGAUGGCAGUAGAGGUGCAGAAGGAGCUGCUAGCUGAAGUUGAAGCUGAGGGCUUCGAGCAGGAGGUAGAAGACGAAGAGCUGGCCCUCGCCAUGCAGGUUGCAGAGGAGGAGGAAGCAAAGGAGAGGACGAGGGUGACCGUGGCUGUCCUUCCCCCUCGAGGUGCUGGUGAGGCCAGUACCUCUCGGCCGCUGAACGCGGUUCCCAUCCGGGUGGCCCCCGGAAAGAAGAAGGCCAAGGUAGCUGCCCCCAAGAAGAAGAUUGUUGCUGCCGAUCAGGGGAAACCCAUAGAUAUGCCGGAGGGGUAUUCCUGGCUCAAUACUACUGCCCUGGAGAUAAAGUUGAAGGCGGACAGGGCGGAUUUCUACGUCACACAGCUACACGUAGGGCCCUCGGCCGUGGUGGUCGAGCCGGGAGUUGACGAUGUGCUAUCUCGGGCGCCCGAGGGGUGUAUUGCAGUACACGUAUUGUCGGUCUCCAUGGGCCUUCGGUUCCCUCUGCACCCCUUCCUCCGGGAGUACCAUAGGUUUGUUGGCUUGGUCCCCUGCCAGCUGACACCUAAUAGCCACUCCUACGUGGCGGGUUUUUUGAGCCUCUGCAGGGACCGAGGGGUGACCCCCAGCCUGGACUUGUUCUUCCAGAGCUUCAACCUCUGCCGAGGGGGUCACGCGAAUGCUGAGGGCUUCGCCAACCUGCAGCAGAUAGCUAGGUGGAAGCUAUUUACAGAGGCGCCUUCGUCCAAUAAGGGCUGGAAGGAGCGUUGGUGCUACGUCAGAGUUGCUGAGAUUUCAUUUCCGGCGGAACUUCGGGAUCGCUUCCGUCGGCAUCCGAAGGUUGGAAGCGCCGCUCUCGAGAAAGAUGGCCUGGUAAUAGCCAAAAUCCCGGAGGGUCGUAAGAAGCAAGUGUCUAUUAAAGAUUACACUGCCGACAAGGAACUCUACGCCCUCGGCUUUCGGAGAUACCGCUUCAUCGGGGAAGUGGACGAGAAGUAUCCCGUUUUUGCUGAGGCCUUCGGGGGAGCAGGAGGUAUGGAGGCUCUAUUUGCAAUGAAAAAGAAGAAGGAGAGGGCUCAGGCCCAGAAGAAGGAGAAAAAGGAGCCCUCGGGCCAAUAGCCCAUUGAUGAGGUUUUCCCGAAGGAGGUUGUGGAGCCUUCUGUUGAUGCUGCUCCUGCUACUGUGGCCGGGGGGCCAAAGGCCGAGGUGGCCGCCAAGAAGAAGAAGGGAGGCAAGGGGGUGGAGCCCCCGAUCAAGAAACAGAAGGUUGCCGGGGGCACCGUUGGAAUGGCGGCCCCCUCAUAGUAAUUGAUGAUCAGCCCCCCGCUGACUCCCCGGCCAUUGACACUCCGAUGGCUCAAACAGAUCUUCCCCCGGAGAACUUGCCUCGGGAGAUUAUUCAGCUCUCCCUCGCUCUGGGGGCAUCUGUGUUGCACGGUUCAGCUGAACCGAUGUCUUUCCUGAGGGGGAUUACCUCGAUGAUGGAUAAGGAAGCCCUCUCCACCUACGACGACGACGCCCUCGAAAGCAAGGCCCUUCGAUCAUCUCUGGCUGCGUGUAUAACCUUCGGUGAGCAGGCCUGAAGGCGCGAGGAGUGGCGCCGUCAUAAGGCCGAGCUAGAGAAGUCCGUGCAGGAGUUGAUCCAUGACAAGGACGCUUCCCUCCGGGAGGUGUGCAAGCUGGAGGACGCCCUUCGGCAAGCGGAGCUGAAGCUGAAGGAGGCCAGAGAUGACGGCAAGGCCGAGGGCAAAGCAGAGGCCGAGAGGGUUGCGGCCGAGGAGAGAAAGCAAGCGGCUGAGGACGCCGAAAAGGUCAAGGCCGAAGCUGUUGUCAAAGCCCGGGAAGAGGCCAUCGCUGGGUUCAUCUCCGAGGGUUGGAAGGCCGAGGGCCAGAGGGAGUGGGUGGCCUCUGUGGUGAAGGCCUCGAUCGAGGAGUGGGUGAAGGGCCCCGGGCUCGACUGUAUGAACGAGAGGGGCGACACCUAUUAUCAAGCCGGCGAGUUCUUCACCCAACAUCUGGUUUACCGGAGGCUCGCCCGGCAUUUCGGCACCCCUCUGGCGGAGUUUGACCCCUCGGUGUACGGCCUCCCCCCGUUGCAGCCAGAUGUGAGAGUCCCCCUCCCUGAGGGCGACGAGCGCCUGGUGAUUCAUGAUACUAUGAUGAUGGGCGGCGAUGAUGAUGAUGCUGCCGUCGGGGACGAUGCCGUCGAAGAAGAAAUCUCCUCCAAACCUGCCGCAGGGGCCCUCGACGAAGUGGCUGAUAAGUCUUAGCCUGUACUUAGUUGAUUUUUGAAAACUCUUUGUAAUGAACUUCUGUAUGUUUUCGGCCUCGGCCAUCAUUGUAACAAUUACACUUACUCUUUUUUGUGAUGAUCGAUGGACGAAUGUCAGCCCUCGGGCCUUGUAUACAUAUGACUUGUUUUCUUUAAUUCAUUCCUCCUUGAAUGUAUGCCGU